AUGGCUUCAACAAUCGAUUCCAGCGUCUCUGAUCUCUUCUCAUCCGCUCCAGCUCUCCAGAGUAACCUCGGAAUCUUAUCUCCAGAUAAGAUCGAAUUGGCCAAGAUCCUGGUCGAGAAUGGUCAGACUUAUCUCUUUCUCCACUGGCCUGAACCAGGCGUCUCUGACAAAGAGAAACUAAGUUUCUUCGAACAGAUUGCUCGCUUAAACUCGAGCUAUCCUGGGGGAUUAGCAGCAUACAUUAAGACUGCGAAAGAGCUUCUCGCAGAUUCGAAAAUAGGGAAGAACCCAUACGCUGGUUUCUCUCCUUCUGUCCCUUCAGGAGAAAAUCUUACUUUUGGUAGUGAGAACUUCAUUGAAAUGGAGAAAAGAGGUGUCGUCGAAGCUAAGAAAGCUGCUUUUGUUCUUGUUGCUGGUGGGCUUGGCGAGCGUCUUGGUUACAAUGGAAUCAAGGUGGCACUUCCAAGGGAGACAACAACAGGGACAUGCUUCUUGCAACACUACAUUGAAUCUAUAUUGGCUCUUCAAGAAGCUAGCCACAAGGUCGCUUCUGAUGGAAGUGAAGGAGAUAUUCCUUUCAUUAUCAUGACAUCUGAUGAUACACAUUCACGUACACAAGAAUUGUUAGAGUCAAGCUCUUAUUUCGGGAUGAAACCUACUCAAGUACAUCUUCUAAAACAGGAAAAAGUUGCUUGUCUUGAUGAUAAUGAUGCUAGACUUGCAUUAGACCCUAACAACAAAUACAAGAUCCAGACAAAACCGCAUGGACACGGCGAUGUACAUUCGCUUCUUUAUUCCAGUGGUCUUCUUGAUAAAUGGCUUGAUACUGGUUUAAAAUGGGUUUUGUUUUUCCAAGAUACAAAUGGACUUCUCUUCAAUGCAAUUCCAGCUUCUUUGGGUGUGAGUGCGACCAAACAGUAUCAUGUUAACUCUCUCGCUGUUCCUCGCAAAGCUAAAGAAGCUAUCGGAGGAAUCACUAAACUCACUCACGAUGAUGGCAGAUCUAUGGUGAUCAAUGUUGAGUACAACCAACUUGAUCCACUACUUAGAGCAUCUGGAUUCCCUGAUGGUGAUGUUAACUGUGACACAGGCUAUUCUCCUUUCCCUGGAAAUAUUAAUCAACUGAUUCUUGAACUUGGUCCAUACAAAGAAGAGUUGCAGAAAACUGGAGGGGCCAUUAAGGAGUUUGUUAAUCCAAAAUACAAGGAUAGCACCAAGACAUCAUUCAAAUCGUCAACUCGUCUAGAGUGUAUGAUGCAAGAUUAUCCAAAGACAUUGCCACCAACAGCACGCGUUGGAUUCACUGUGAUGGAUAUAUGGCUUGCUUAUGCACCUGUCAAGAAUAAUCCCGAGGAUGCUGCUAAGGUACCAAAGGGAAACCCAUAUCACAGUGCAACUUCUGGAGAAAUGGCUAUUUAUCGUGCUAACAGCCUUAUUCUUCAAAAGGCUGGUGUGAAAGUGGGAGAGCCUGUGAAGCAAAUCUUGAACGGGCAAGAAGUUGAAGUAUGGCCUCGUAUCACAUGGAAAUCCAAAUGGGGGAUGAUCUUCUCCGAUAUCAAGACGAAAGUAGGAGGGAACAGCGAGGUCUCUCGGAGAUCGACAAUGGCUAUAAUGGGUCGUAAUGUGUUUAUUGAAGAUCUCUCCUUGGACGGUGCUCUUAUUGUAGAUUCCAUUGAUGAUGCAGAGGUAAAACUUGGAGGUUUGGUCAAGAACAAUGGUUGGAUUAUGGAAAAUGUAGAUUACAAAGACACAUCUGUUCCAGAGGAAAUAAGAAUCAGAGGUUUUAGAUUCAACAAAGUGGAGCAACUCGAGAAGGAGUUCACUCAACCUGGACACUUUACUUUGGAGGGUUAA